AAUGAGGUUCUAGGCAGACAUGAUCUGGGGGGAGGAGGGACACACUUGUCAACCCACUGCCACCGUCAGGAACAGGGGGCCCCCGAGAGGAAGAGAGAGCUGAAGGGUGUUGUGGGAGGUUUAUGAGAGCAAGCCGGCCAAGCGACCAUCCCUCUGCUUUUACUCUCCUUCUAUUGGGCAGGUCAGUCACGUGGCCCCACAACGCGCUGGGGAAGAGCUGAGAAGCACAUGGAUAUUUGGGGAUCCCCCGCUUUCCCUGCCUGCUUGCUGUACCCCUAAAGCCCAGCGCAGCAUCAUCUGGUCCGUAGGAUGCUCAGUGAAGUUUUGUUGAGUGAGUGAAUGAAUGAAUGAAUGAAUACCAGAAAGGCAAGGGUCAGGAGCCAAAUAGGAAGUCUGAGGGGCCCGAGACAGCCCUUCGAUCCCUGGCGCACCACCCCGCCGAAGCAGGGCCGAUGCAGCUCCGACUGAGGACCACGAUGGCAGAGGAGGGUUCUGGCUGCCCGGUGCCCCGCCUGCCCUGGGCGUCCAUCCAGAGGGUUGCUCUGCCGCUCUUUAUCCUGGCCGGCGUGAUCGCUGUGGUAUACUGCCUCUCGUGCCAGCGCCCUGCGCAGCCCCGGCCGCUCGAGUCACCUGGGUGGGACAUGGCUGAGCUCCAGCUGAACCACACAGGUCGGCGGCGGGAUGGCAGGUUACGCUGGCUGGGAGACCCGGCCCUGGGCCGCUCCUUCCUGCACGGACUGGAGCUGGACAACGGGCAGCUGCGUGUUCGACGCAGUGGCAUCUAUAGGCUGCACAUCCAAGUGACACUGGCCAACUGUUCGUCCUCCCCGUGGGCCACCACGCGCCACAGGGCCACCCUGACGGUGGGCAUCUGCUCGCCAGCAGCCCAUAGCAUCAGCCUGCUGCGCCUCAACUUUCACGAAGGCUGUGUGGUCACCUCCCAGCGCCUGACACCACUGGCCCAAGGGGACACGCUCUGCACCAACCUAACCCUGCCCCUGCUGCCGUCCCCAAACGCUGAUGAGACCUUUUUUGGGGUUCAGUGGGUGCACCCCUAAUUAUUGCCCCUCCUGACCCAGAUCGGUUGGGAGGAUGUUUUCUCUUUUCUUUUUCCUUUCUCUAAUAAAAAUGCUUUCUUUUU